CAACCUUCACUGAUGUGAUGCCAACUAAACUUUUAGAUAAACUUGCUACUCAAACAGAAGAGUAUAUCUGCAAAACCCACUCUAUGCCAACUAUUACCAAACGCCGCAACUAUUACUUUUACGAACUUCUAAAUGCAUACCAACAAGCAGCUGCACAAAAUUACCUUAUUGACAAUAUCAACAAACAAAAAGCAAUAGAAAAUCUUACUAUUAAACCUAUUAGUACAGAUUUUCUUGCUAAAGUUAUUACAUAUUUCGAUACUAAAAAUAAAUCACUUAAUUAUCCACAACUUGUUAAAUUCUAUAAAGAAACUGCUUACUCAAAAGCAGAGAAAAUUAUUCAAACAAAAUUCAAAAUGUCCUAUACUACACCAACCUCCAUAGAGGA